AUGAGGGACAAGAAGUGGGUUUGUUUGGACUCGGGCGCCGGCCAGAUCGCGCAGGUCCACUGGGGUCCACCUCUUCAAGUCCUUGGGGUUAGCGUGUCCGUGACCUUGUACCUCCUCCUGACCUCGCUCCAGCCCCUUCGCGCCCACGUUCACGCCCACGGGGAGGUGGUCUUCCGGCAGCCGCCCUCUAGAGGAUAUGCUAAGAUCCCGGGCCGCGUGUGGACGUGGGCUGAGCUGAUUUCGUGGGUGGGCCGCACGUCAGGCCAGGAGGCUAUGAGGGCCAUGGUGGGCCACACCGAAGCCGCCCUCGCCACCGUGGCACUGGUGGCCGACCUGCUUCUGCCGCCCAAGUUGCAGAGUCUGAGGAAAACCGUCUCGGAGGUUCAGAUGCGAAGGCUGCUACCAACUGCUGUCAGUGGAGCUGGUAUACAACACGACCUUCCACCCGGCCGUCAUUUCCAUCAACGGACAACCCGACCUGUCCCUCCACGACCAGAGCUUCCCCGCCCACGCCCACGGGGGAGGGGAGGUGGGCGUGGCCAGGUGGCUAAGACAUGCUGGCACUCCUGACGUCCGAGAAGGAGGUGUCAGCGGAGGUCUACGAGGCGCUGACGGAGGCUGCUGACA